AUCAGACGGGGCAAACCAAUCGGAUUUCGAAAGGGCUGUUUCCUUUAUUUCUAUGCUACUGCUGUAGUGAGUCAUCCAAUGUGUAUACAAAAGAUAAGGUUUUUCUCUCAUUAUAUCAAAGUUGGCCGAUCGCCCUUCUUUGUCUUAUCUCUCUCUCUUUUCUUUCCGUCAUGUUCUACUGUAUUUCUUCCCCAACAACAGCUUACUUUUGGAAUCCAAAGCUUUCUUGACACAAGAGGUCCAUCUUCUUACGGUUUUUUCUUGCGUCGUUUUCAUGAUCCGCGGAUUUGUUUCUGUUUAUAUAUACGUCCGAGCGACUCCGAUAACCCCCGGUACUUGGAAGCAACGAAAAAGUUCGGUAAAACGUGGGGAGGCGGGACGAUGAUGACAGUGGUCACGGGAACAUUUGCGACGUUGGUUGAUGCUAAAUAUGUCCAACGCCAGUAUAACAGCGUGAUGCUUUCCAACGUAAAAAAAUUAAGCAUUUCAACACUAGUACUUUAGCGUCUCUGUACAAAUAACAUGGACUUUCUUCACUUGUCGAGCCGCUCCGAUAUUUACAGAAAACAACUUGUUUAAGAAAUAAGCGCUUGCUGUGUGAUGAACAUGAAAAGAGCAAUCAACUGAAGCCCCUUUUGCCUGGUAUUUUAAUUGUCUUGUAACGUACUAAUGCGAGAAAACGAAAACCUGAAUUUGGUCCGUGCUUUAAACCAGUCUUCUAAAACCAGAAAAUGGCUAUGGUACUAGUUAUUAGAGUGACUUGUUACACAUAUCAUAGUGCCGUAAUAUGUCAUCAUAGGUUAAAGGACCACACCUAUAAAAAUUUUCCUUUUCUUGCGUCUAUUAGAUUUUGUAGUGUCAUACUUCGUCUAUCAAAAUUAUUAC